UUGUUAUCAAAAUUUAUUUGAUUUAAUUUCUUAAAAAUGUAAGGGACAUUAUUAUAUAAAAAUUUAUUACAUUUAUCUUCAGUCAUGAAGUUUCUUGUAAUUCUUAUCGCGUCUAUAGCGUUGUGUGUUGGCAAUGCCAUUCCUUUGGUUCCUGGUGAUAACAGCCACUACAUAGAGGGUGAGAGCCGCUACAUCUGGAUGUCAGAUGGCGAGGGCGUGCCUCAUCUAAUAGAUCUGGAAGAGCCUAUGGAUGCGGCUUUGCAGAAUUCUCGUAAUGGAGCCAACAAUCAGUACUGGCUUUAUACCAGACAAAAUCCCAAUAAUGCUCAAAUAUUGAUAGAUGGUAAUUCUAACUCUGUUUGGAACUCUAACUAUGACGGUAGGAAACCUUUAAAGGUUAUGGUCCACGGAUGGAACAGUAAUGGUAAUUCAGGAGAGAAUCCUAUCAUCACAUCUGCUUUUCUUGAUACCCAAGACGUUAAUGUCAUCGUAGUGGACUGGCGUGUAUUGGCUAGUUCUAAUUAUUUAAGUGCUGUUCGUGGAGUUCCUGGGGUUGGUCAAUAUUUAGGCAAUUUUAUUGAAUGGCUCUUCAACACUGCUGGUGGAAAUUGGAAUAAUGUACACUUAAUUGGAUUUAGCUUGGGCGCUCAUGUCGUUGGUAGUGCUGGUCGACAAGCCGGCGGCCGAUCGGCCCGCAUUACUGGUUUGGAUCCGGCUGGUCCACUCUGGAUUGGAAACUCCAAUGCUCUAAAUAGUAAUGCUGGACAAUACGUAGAAGUCAUCCACACUGACGGUGGUCUUCUCGGUAUAUUCACCCCGAUUGGAGAUGCCGACUUUUAUCCCAAUGGUGGAAGAUACCCUCAGCCUGGUUGUUCGAGUAGUUCGUGCUCUCACAGUCGCUCAAUAUUACUGUUUGCGUCCAGUGUGCGUACCAAUCACUUUCAAGGCAGAUUAUGUGACGACAUCAACCAAGCACAGAAUAUGCAGUGCACCGGUAGAGUUUUCAAUAUGGGCAAUGGGAUUGUCACUAAGAGAGGUUCUGGCAUCUAUGGUUUAACUACUGGAAGUUCCUGGCCUUAUUAACAUGGAAUAAAAUUAAGCAUACUAUUUACUGUUUCAAGCUAUUGUAUAUUUAACCAAUAAUGGUAAGCCAACGAUCGUUUGUUUUCGUUUGCUUGCUCCAAUGUAAUAAAGAAAUUAGUUAAGUGAGCAUUGUUUCUUGCAUAGUGAAAGCUUGUAGUAACAAAGUAAGCUGCAGCAAGUAAGUAAAAAAUAAAUUAUAUUAAUAGAUAUCUACGUGUAUAUAAGAAAUAAAAUAGAGCUACAGUU